AUUCAUCUUUCACAAACAACUAUUUGUGUUACUCAUCCUUGUAUCGUACAAAAUAUUUGUAGUUUUCUUUUGAUACAGUUCAAAAGGUCUGAAACAAACAUGUUUUCCACAAAUCCGAACUACACCAAACUGAAAACUCACCUGCGGCUUUCCAUAAAUCGUCUCAAAUUGUUAGAAAAGAAGAAAACCGAGCUGGCGCAGAAGGCUCGCAGGGAAAUAGCUGAAUAUAUUGCUGCGGGAAAGAGCGAACGGGCCAAGAUCCGUGUGGAACACAUUAUAAGAGAAGAUUACAUGGUAGAAGCCAUGGAGAUAGUAGAGAUGUAUUGUGACUUGAUCCUGGCCCGCUUCGGGCUGGUGACGCAGAUGAAGGAACUAGAUGAGGGGCUAGCCGAGGCCAUUUCCAGCCUCAUUUGGGUCGCACCACGGAUGCACACUGAUGUCCAGGAACUUAAAAUUAUAUCCGACUUGUUGACAGCCAAGUAUGGCAAAAUAUAUGCAGAUGCAUGCAGAAAUGAAAGUGUAAACACAAUCAGCGAGAAGCUGAAACACAAGCUGUCAGUUCAGAGCCCUCCCAAGAUCCUGGUGGAGCGGUACCUUAUAGAGAUAGCUAAGAAUUACAAUGUGGAGUACACCCCGGAUGAACAAGUGAUGAGGGAAGAAGAAGGGCGAGACGCGAUGCUGAUCGACAUCAACGGCCCGCCCAUGCCGCCAGGGUUUAUCGGCUUCCCGCAGCCGCCGCCGCUGCCGCACAUGCCUAAUCUGCCCCCACCUACCGUCACACCUUUCAGUUAUCCUUCUGGUCCAUCUGGCGGCAAAGCGGGCGGGUUCAUCGCGUCGCCGCCCGGCCCGAGCCACCCGCACAUGGGCUAUAAUCUGCCCCCUGGCGUUGAAUCGAAGGAUCUUAGCAACAGCUUCUUACAGGAAGAGAUGCACAACCUACCUCCUGCUUACGACAGCAUUAAUCAUGAUUUGGUAAUAUUUUGUUUUUAUUUUUUUAAUCGCAUUUAUCCCAGCAACAUGGGCACGCCGCCGCCUUGUGCGCCGACGCCGCAGCCGCGCGCGCGCCCCCCCUCCAGCUACCCCGCGCUGCCCGAGCUGCCGUCCGUGCCGUCCGACCUCAUCCCCGCGCCCCGCGCCGGGGACGACUCCGGCGCCCCCGACGAAAUCGACUUCGACGACCUCAACAGGCGCUUUGAGGAGUUGAAGAAGAAGAAGUAG